CACUGGCACCACAACGCACACCAGGCACUGCCAUGGAUCCGAGUGCUCGGGAGCCCCUCGUGAGGAAAACGAGCUCCUCAUACCAGACCUUCCCCGAGAGCAGUGUCAGGAGGCUCGACAAGGAGUACCUGCGGAGCCUCCACAACAAGCGGCUCUACCUGGCCGUGUUCGCCGCUGUCCUGGGGAACUUCAGCUUCGGCUUCGCCCUGGUUUACCCCUCGCCCGUCAUCCCUGCCCUGGAGGCUCAUCCCAGCCCCGCGCUGAGGCUGGACCAGCACACAGCGCCCUGGUUCGGGUCGGUGUUCACGCUGGGAGCGGCGGCGGGGGGGCUCAGCACCAUGAUGCUCAACGACUGCCUGGGCCGCAAGCUCAGCAUCAUGUUCUCGGCGCUGCCCUCGGCCGUGGGAUACGCGCUGAUGGCCAGUGCCCAGGGCGUCUGGAUGCUGCUGCUGGGCCGGGUGCUGACGGGCUACGCCGGCGGGGUGACCUCCGCCUCCAUCCCGGUUUACAUCUCGGAGAUCUCCCACCCCGGGGUCAGGGGCAUGCUGGGUGCCUGCCCUCAGAUCAUGGCAGUGCUGGGCUCCCUAGUCCUGUAUGCCCUGGGGCUGGUCCUGGACUGGCGCUGGCUGGCCGUCGCCGGGGAGGUGCCGGUGCUUGUCAUGAUCAUCCUGCUCUGCUUCAUGCCCAACUCUCCCCGGUUCCUGCUGUCCCAGGGGAAGGAGGAGGAGGCCCUGGGAUCCCUGUGCUGGCUGCGGGGCAAAGACACAGACUAUGCCCGGGAAUAUGAGCAGAUCAAGGACAGCGUGAGGAAGCAGAGCCGUCGUGUUUCCUGUGCUGAGAUCAAGGACCCCUUCCUUUACAAGCCCAUCCUGAUUGCGGGGGUAAUGAGGUUCCUGCAGCAGCUCUCGGGUGUCACCUGCAUCCUCGUGUACCUGCAGUCAAUAUUCAAGAAAACAUCCGUGAUCCUGAAACCAGAGUAUGAUGCAGCUCUUGUUGGCUUGGUACGUCUGUUCUCGGUGGCGAUCGCUGCCGUGUCGAUGGAUAAGGCUGGGAGGAAGAUUCUUCUCUUUGUAUCAGGUUAUGCCUUGGGCUGGGGCCCCAUCACCUGGCUGCUGAUGUCGGAGAUCCUCCCUCUGAAAGCCCGAGGGGUGGCCUCGGGCCUCUGUGUCAUCGUGAGCUGGCUGACAGCCUUCACCCUGACCCAGUUCUUCCUGCCAGUCGUGAACGCCUUCGGCCUCGAGGUGCCCUUCCUGUUCUUCGCUGUCAUCAGUGCUGGGAACAUCUUAUUCACGGGCUGCUGCGUCCCCGAAACCAAGGGCAGGUCCCUGGAGCAGAUCGAGGCCUUCUUCAGGACUGGCCGGAGGUCGUUCAUGAGGUAGGAGCUGCCACCACCAGCCGUGCCAGGCUGCCCAUCCACAGGCUCAAGGGCAAAGCAAACGUGGUGCUGCUGGAGGUGGAGGCUGGAGCUCCCUGUGCCGGCGCUGGGACAGGAACGGGCGGCAACGAUCGUCUGGCUUUGGGUGCAGAAGGUGCCAGCUGGAACUUUACCUUCUCUUCCCGUCAUUCAACACUACCUGUUGCUCUCUGGGCAACGUGUCAAUCCGUGGAUGGGGCCGGGGAACCAGUGCCAGGUUGGAGAUAAAGGUGUCCUGGAAAAUAAAGGCGAGGCUGUGGACAGGAGAGCACGGACAUCCUUUGCUCAGCAGCCACCAAAGCAACCUGAGAGCCUGAGGGUUUGGCUGAAGCAGAGUUAACAGCUGGAGCCGUUCUGGCGAAAGCUCGUCGUGUAGUUGCAAGAAUAAAACAGU